CGGGCGACCGUGUUCGCGCAGUUCCUAGUCAGGUUAGCUCGGGUUAGGUUAGGUUAUGUGUCACCGUGCAGAUGGAAAAUAUUCGCGUCUGAUCGCAUUCGCCGAAGAUGAUAAGGGCCCGCGAGGACGCGCGAGCGCUGGAACGAGUUAAAUGUACACGCGCGCCCCGCACGCAAGCCCCCGAGACCGUCGUCUUCCCGGCCCGCCGCGCGCGCGAGCAGCUGCCCUAAUAGGAGGAACCGAGUGCACGGAUACGCGUCGUCAGCGUGUCUCGCGCGGAACGCCUGGGCAUGGAUUAUGCAACGGUCAUCGACGACGCGGUCAGGCAGUUUUACUCGGUGGGCAACAACGAGGCGCACUCAUGGCUCCUACAGGUGCAAGCCUCCCCCGAGGCCUGGCAGUUUGUCUGGCAGCUUUUGGACCCUUCCAAGUCAUACGAAGUGCAAUUUUUCGCGGCGACGACUCUGCACGCAAAGAUAUCGAAGCAGUGGAAUGAAGUGCCUGAAGCUGAGUAUCCGGUGUUAAGGGAACGUUUGCUCAAUAGUGUGAGAAGGCCCAACAUCCCCUUAUGCAUCCUUAUAAAGCUUUGUCAAUCGUUAGCCGCAUUUGUGGCCAAUGUUUACGGUGUAGAAAACAGGGAACAGGAUAGGAACAUAGUCGACGAAUUGUUCGAUAUGUUACCCUAUAAUUCCCCGUCCGGGUUAGAAUUACUGCUUCGAGUGCUCUCGGCGCUUCCCGUCGAGUACGAGAAGCGACAAGUAGCGAAGAUUGCCAAGCUACGGGGAGCUCCUGUCAACCUGAUCAACAGCUGGUGCCAAACCGCGUGGUUCUUGCAGCGGGUCUUCACGAUGUGUAACCCGGAUUCUCAAGGCAACGACGAAGUGUUGUACUCCCUGGGACUGGAAUGCGCUCAGUCGUGGCUCAAGAUUGGCCAGCUGUGUUUGGAGACCAUCGGCCAGAUCUAUCCCUAUUUGUUAGUGGCCGCAGCUCAUUACGCACCUAAUAAGGACGAGAAUCAUGGCGACGAUGAGAACACCAAGAACUGGGAUGUGGUGCAAGAUUGUUUGAUCAUCGUCGUAACGCACUAUGAGCUUCACAAACGGCCGCAGACGUUCUGGGAGUGGGCCAGGAGUUUGGUGCUGAUGGCGAAGCAGUACAACAGAAAAUACUUCUGCGAGAUAUUAACCGCCAUCGGAGAGGCUCACAGUCGAGCGUUUCUGAUCGCCCUGGCCGAGAACUCGAACGAGGCGCACACGUGGACGGCAAUGGGGCUGAUAGAUCUGCUACUGGAGUGCUCGGAACUGGAGGGACGUUAUCCCACCGACGAGACGCGCAGCUGCAUCCCGUUUGGAUUCUGGUACGCGUUACAGGACGAUCUCGCCACGCUGGAUCAACCGUUGGAGAAUCGGGCUCUGGAGGCGCUGAAACCGAUUUACUUUCGAUUGGCCGAGGCGUUGCUGCGAAAGUCAACGUUACCCGCGUCUCCGAGCGAGAGGGGAGACGCGGAAGAUCGCGAGCUUUUCAGAUGCUACAGGCAGGAUGUGGCCGACACUCUGGACUAUUGCUACAGCGUACUCGGCAGCGAUCUGCUGGCGUUUCUCGGACAGAGAUUGAGCCUCGCGGAAUCACCGUGGACCCACAUAGAAUCAACGUUACACGCCUUCAAAGCUCUAUCCGAGAGCGUCGGUACCCAAGAGUACAAUUACAUCCCUGCGCUGAUAAACUUGAUUAUCGUUUACAUACCUUACCAUCUCUAUCCCGAAGAGGUACUAACGUGCGCCUGUUCAACGCUGGGCGCUUACGCCGAGUGGAUAGGAGAGCAUCCGGAGCCGUGGCUGGAGAAGGUGUUGCAGCUCGUCACUCAGGGACUGACCAGAGGCUCCACGACAGCGCCGUUCGCGAGUAUGGCGCUGAAGGACCUGACGAGGGAGUGCGGGCCGUAUCUCGCUCCUUACGCGCCAUCCAUUCUUCACACCAUCAGUCAGACGCUGCCGAAUGUCGAGCCUGGCGGCGGGGAGGGCUUGCGGCUCAUGUACGCGGCCGGAAAACUGCUCAACGUGUUGUCAUCUAUGGAGGAGCAACUGAUGCACCUGGAGGCGACGCUGGGAUUGUGCGUGACGAAGAUCAAGGAACUGUUGGAGCAGUCAUUGUUCACGGCGCGGCUUGGCGUGACGAAUUAUCUCAAGAUGGUCACCAUGUUCUUCAGCACGAUCGAGGGUGCGAUCGGCAAGGCCGUGCUGGACGGCGUGCUGCCGGUAUUCAAUCAGAUCAUCACGCAUCACGAGUGGAGCCAGGAUAACGCCACGUUGGAGGCGAUGCACAUGUGCGCGCAACGAUCCCUGUCGGCGUUGCGACAGCCGGAGAUCGAGGCGCGGCCUCUGCUGCCAAUCCUGUCGACCUCCUACAAGAUCUGGCCACAUCCAGCCGCGUUAAAUCUGCUCAAGCAGCUCGUGCUUCUGUUCGGCAGAGAUCCGGACAACAUUGUGAGUCCGGUACUCGCGGAAAUGAGCUUGCUGACUUUGAAUGGCGUCAAAGUGUGUAGGUCGGUACAGGGCGACCUGUCCGAGUGGUCAGACCUUAUGGAGGCGUACAUGGGCGUGCUUGCGCAGAUCUGCAAGAAGAACGCCCGGUUGUUGCUGCAAAUCCCAGAUCAAAUACCGGACAUGCUGCAAUGCGGGAUUACUUGUCUGACGCUCCCGGAGACGGCGACGGCUAAAGCGGCCGGGCAUUUUCUUAGUCACGCGAUUGUACAAAGCCCGCACCUGCAGACAUUUAUUCAACCGAUCGGACUGGAACUUGUCGCCGCAAUUUUGCAUUGUAUCGGCGGAGCAGUGCCUCACAAUUUAGAGCCUCACGCCGAGGUUCUGCUAGCGUUGAACAAAACUUGUCCGGAAUGGACCGCGCAAUGGUUACGCGCCGGGCUAGAGAAUCAAAAGAACCUUGCUACAGUGUUGCAGAAGGAAGACGUCACGCGCAUUUUGCGCGAAAGAACGAAUAAGAACCGACUUUGCGACGUACUAAAGGAAUUCAGUAGUCAAUGCCACCAGAAGAUGAAUAUAUGACAAUAGAACUUUCGUGAUGCCAACUGACAAAUCCUAUUGUAUGAAAUGUCCGACUUAAGAUAUGUAUUACACAGAAAUUAACAUAAUUUAUCUCUUCAUAAUAAACGCUGUAUAAUGUAUAUAAUUGUUUUAUACAGUUUUAUGCAUUUACUUGGCGAUUGUAAAAUAUUAAUCGAUCGUGUCAUAAAAGCGCUUAGUGUGCUGAGCACAAAGGUCCACGUCGUGCAAAGUAAAUAACGAUAAUAAAAGGAAUAUUUAUAGUACACAUA